UAUGAACUUGAUGGUGUUGUGUGCUUCCAAGAAUUUUAUAUGGGGGAGAUUGGCUGCCUCAGUAUGUACUAUCAUCUCAAUUUUACUACAAAGACUAAAGGAGCUGAUGAUUUUCACGGUGGCAUCAACAAUCUAUUCUUUGCUGAAGUCACACAAAUAAAGGGCGAAAGUGCUGAAUAUGUGCUCAAUUGUUUCUGUAUGGUGAAACGCAAUGACAAUGGUCGAUGCUAUGAAUGUAUGUAUUACGGAAAUGUUGAUUUGAAGCACCCUGUCAAUGCUGAUAAAUAUAAAGGUCGCCACUCUCACCCACACAAAGUAGGGUACGGUUUGGUCGAUCGAGGGGUACCUGAAUACAUCCAGAAUGAGGAGGAUAUGCUGGCGGAUGAGGAGGCUAGGAUAAGAUAUAUAUACAAGUGCCCUGAUGAUCGUACUAUUGUGGCAAAAUCGAAUGGUGCAAGAAUGCCUGCUGUUUUGGCCAAGAGAGAGGAUGUUGGUUUGGCCAAACGAGAGAAUGCUGGUUUGGCCAAAAGAGAUGAUGCCCAAGGAAAAGGGAAAUACAUUGUACCUGCAAGGCGUCAGUUGGUUUGAGUAUCCCCUUAUGCAUAUGUUUGAUUUUUUUUGUUAAGGAAAGUGCAAGACUAUAAUUCCUAAACCCUACAUAUCUAUAAAAUACCAAAUAUAUAUACCUUAUGAAAAUGUAUUCCAUGAUAAAUCUGAUGA